AUGGAGAAAGGGAACAGGGCUACUCGAGGUAUAUUCAUCUCAAUGCUAGCUAAGGAUGGACUGGCAAUCGUUACUCAAGAAGCCGGCAUGGGCAGGACUGUUCUUCUCUUCCUCUUCUGCCUUGCUUCCUCAAGCUUGUUCCAUGUCCGCUCGUCACCUGCAGACCCGUGGGAGGGCGAUGUGGAUACCGUUAUCCUCGACCGCAACAACUUCACGUCCUACGUUCAGUCGCAGAAGCUUGUCAUGGUAGAGUUCUACACGCCUUGGUGCGGUCAUUGCAGAGGUUUCGCGCCUCUGUACGCGCAAGCGGCAAAGCAGCUCAAGAAGGACGGAAUUCCUCUCGCCAAGGUCAACAUGGAUCAGGAGAUGAACCAUCCGUUCGCGGGCGAGUUCGGCAUCAGCGGUUUCCCAACCAUCCGCGUGUUCAAGCGCAUGUACGACUCUGACCCCAACCAGCCUCUUGGCACGCUGGAGCGAUGGGACAACGAGGAGAGGACCACAGAACGCGUCGUUACCUACAUGCGAGAAAUCGGCCUCCCUCCCCGUGAGGUGACAUCCUCAGAGGAGCUGGACAAGAUUCUCGAGGCGAACGUGGAUUUCUCGGACCAGAAAGUUUCAUCGGUAGUGCUGGGAGUCUUCCCCGAGGGAGAGAACAGCAAGAAGUUCGAGGCGUUCAAGGAGGCCAAGUUCGGGCGUCUCCUCCCCUUGUACGUUUGGGUGAAGGAUGCAAGUUUGGCGAAGAAAUGGCUGAGCGAGGAGGAUCAGAAGGUUAAGGAGGGAGUGUUUGUCAUCACCAAGUACACUCAAGACCCCAAGGGUCCGGUGUACAGGCUGGAGAAGGAGAAGGAGGAGGACGUAGACGGGAUCGUGCGCUUCGUGGAUGUGCAUGGCGCUCCUGUCGUGUGGUAUUACUCGGACGCUCUGACCAACCAGAUCACGACGGGAAAGCUGCAGAAGUUCUUGUGGGCGUUUGUAGAGAAGGGGACAGAGCAGUGGGCGCAGUAUGACAAGGUCCUCCAUCAGGUGGCGCUGGACAAGCGGGGAGAGAUGAAGUUUGUCCUCGUCCCUGGAGAGGCGCAGGGUCUGCUGCAGUUCUUCAGGAUGGAUAGAGCGCUCCUGCCGCAGAUCAUGAUCAUUGACCUCCAUCCUGAGGUGGGUCAGCGGCAGUUCAAAUACGGCAAGCUGGACAAGAAGACCAAGCAGUGGAACACGGACAAGGCGAAGAACAUUGACGCUGAUGAACUCAACAAAUUCCUCGAGAAGUAUAACUCAGGCAAACUCAAGCGCUUCCUGCGCUCGGAGCCAGUGCCGGUGAAGCAGGAGGGUUCUGUUGUGACGAUCGUCGGGGACACUUUCGAGGAGACCAUCCGUUCUGGCAAGGAUGUCCUCAUCAACUUCUACGGGGACUUCAGCUGGUGUAAACACUGCGAAGCUUUUGAGCCGGAGUAUGCCAAGGUCGGCGAGUUCUUCAAGCAAGUGAAGAGCUUGGUCAUCGCCAAGAUGGACUUCCCUGCCAACGACAUCGAGGACGCCAAGAAACGAGGGAUGGAGAUCACGGGCUACCCUGACGUGUACCUCUUCCGUGCGGGAGAGCAUCAUCUCAAGCCUAUCCGCUUCGACUCCUCCAAGUACAACAACGAGAGAGGCCUCGGGGCCAUCUCACAGUUCGUCAUGGCCAACGUCGCCAUCCCCUUCCAGUCCUCCAAGGGUGAAGUCUUUGGUGGCAAGAAGCGAGAAGAGCUGUGA